AUGCCAAAAAAUAUUUUUGCUAUUAGUACGUUAGGUCUUAGUAAAAUAACAUUUUGCCAAUUACUUUGUGAUGCUAAUGUCAAUGGUUUAAGUAGUCCUAAAUCAGCAACACAGGAAAUAGAUAUCUGUGAGGAAAAUAAGUUCUGUUAUAUUGAUACUUCAGGAUUCAACAAUUUAUAUGGAAAGACUGACAAAAAAACUUUUCACCAAGUGAACAUGUACUGA